AGCCACUAGUAACUUUCUUCAAACUCUCUUUUGCUCUAGCUCUCUCAUGGCUACUUCUUCUUCUUUGUCUCACGUUAUACACUCAAUCUUCCCGAGCUUCCACGGGCCAGAUGUUCGUAGAGAUUUCCUCAGUCAUUUACACAAUGUCUUUGCGAGGAAACAAAUCACGAUGUUCGAUGAUCAGAAGAUGGAGAGAUGCCAGACGAUCGGACCUGUGCUCAUACAAGCCAUUAGACAAGCAAAAGCAUCCAUCGUUGUGCUCUCUAGGAAUUACGCUUCUUCGAGCUGUUGUUUAGAUGAACUACUUGAAAUCUUGAAGUGCAAAGAAGAUUUGGGGCAGAUUGUGAUGCCAAUUUUCUACGACGUUGAUCCAUCUGAUAUACGGAAACAGAAGGGAGACUUUGGUGUCGCGUUCAAGAAAACCUGUGAAGGUAUAGCAGAGGAAAAGAAGCGGAGAUGGAUCGAAGCUUUGACAUGUGUAGCAACCAUAGUGGGAGAACACUCUCGUAACUGGAAUGAUGAAGCUGCGAUGCUCGAAAAGAUUUCCACAGUUAUGUUGGAAAAACUGAAAAUGGAAAAGUUAUGGGAAAUGUUUAGGAGUCACGAUAUAGACCGGAAUGGUUUCAUAAAUGAACAAGAGCUUCGAUAUUCUAUGACAAGAGAUGGGGGGAAAGUAACCGAUGAAGAAGUUCGUAUGAUCAUCAAGGCAGCGGAUGUUGAUUCUGAUGGUCGGAUCAGCCAUAAUGAGUUCGCCAAAUUCAUCGAAACGGAUAAUAUAGAAAAAGUUUCCAUGUUCGGAAAGUUUGCCACAGAUGUUACACUGUCAUGGGAUGAAAAGAAAGAAAUGAUUCAAUGGUUUAGGCUUCUGGAUGUAAACCAGAAUGGUUUCAUAACUGCGGCAGACUAUCAAAAAUAUAUUUUGACAAAUUAUGGGAAAAAAGUAACCGACGAGGAUGCUCAUAAUUUCAUCAAAGCAUUUGAUGUUGAUUGCGAUGGUCAGGUCAGCUAUGAUGAAUUCGUCAAACUGACGAGGUGAUGCAGUGUCUUAUAAGACCAUCUAUAUAUACAAGAGGGAAAGUGAUGUGUAUGAUUUAUGAAGCUUCGUCGACUAGGUUAGGCGAGCAGAAGUAUCUCGUUGAAGAAAUGUGAUAAUGUGUAUAGUUGUACUCUUUUUCCUUAUUAUGAUGUUUAUAUCCCACUAAAUUUUUUCAUGACAA